GCGGAGGCGGCGGCGCCCCGCCCCGGGCGGCGGCGGCGGGCUGAUGGCGGGCCGCGGGGGCUGCCGGCGCGGGCGGGAGCAGCUGGAGCUGGAGCGGCUGGGUGAGGCGGCGCGGGCCGGCUCCUGCCCGCCGUCGCCGCCGCUCUCCGCCUGCUCACGGCAGGCCUGGAGCCGGGACAACCCGGGCUUCGAGCCCGAGGAGGAGGUGGAGGCGGCGACGGCAGGGCCGGUGCUGGAGAUGGACGUGGAGUGGGGCAGCCCGGCGGCCGGCGCUUCGUCGUCGUUAGGCAGCGGCGCGGCGGGUCAGAGUGGCGGCGGGCGGCGGCAGCGGCGGCUCCCCUCGGGGCGCGGCGGGGCGGAGGCGCCGAGCCGCCACCCGGUGCCGCCCGACGGCGCCGCACCCCACCGAGCGGCCUGGGCCAAGCGCCUGGCGCGGCGACUGCGAGGUCUGUGGGGGACAAGACUCAUGGAAGAAAGCAACACCAGCAGAGAGCGAUAUCUGAAAAGUGUUUUACGGGAGUUGGUUACGUACAUGAUUUUCCUUGUGGUCUUGUGUGUCCUGACUUAUGGGACAGUGAGUUCCAGUAUGUACUACUACACAAGGGUUAUGUCGCAGCUCUUCCUGGAAACACCUGUAUCAAAAAUGGAGAAAACUGAUUUCAAAACUUUGUCCACGAUGGACGACUUCUGGAAGUUUACAGAAGGCCCUUUGCUGGAUGGUCUUUACUGGGAGAUGUGGUACAACAACAAAACCAUGGCAGAAAACAAAAGCUUCAUUUAUUAUGAGAACCUGCUCCUAGGGGUGCCUCGCAUUCGGCAGCUGAAAGUGAGAAAUGGUUCAUGCUCAAUACCUGAAGAUUUAAGGGAUGAAAUCAAAGACUGCUAUGACGUCUACUCUGUGGCUAAUGAAGAUACCGCUCCUUUUGGACUUCGAAAUGGAACAGCCUGGACGUACACCAAUGAGAAGGAUUUGAAUGGGAGCAGCCACUGGGGCUUGAUUGCCACAUACAGUGGGGCUGGUUAUUACCAAGACCUCUCAAGGACCAGGGAAGUGACAGCUGUGCAGAUUGCUAGCCUUAAGAAGAACCUGUGGCUGGACAGAGGGACCAGAGCAGCUUUCAUUGACUUCUCAGUAUACAAUGCAAACAUCAAUCUAUUCUGUGUUGUCAGGUUGUUAGUGGAGUUUCCAGCAACUGGAGGCCUUGUUACAUCUUGGCAGUUUCAGCCAGUGAGGCUGAUUCACUACAUCUCCACUUUUGAUUUUUUCCUGGCAGCCUGUGAAAUGGCAUUUUGUCUUUUUGUUCUUUAUUAUAUGGUGGAGGAGAUCUUAGAAAUUCACAUUCAUAGACUGCACUACUUCAGAAGUCUCUGGAAUUGCCUUGAUAUCCUUAUCAUUGUGCUCUCUGUGGUAGCUAUAGGAAUUAGCAUCUAUAGGACAUCAACUGUUGAUAUGGCCCUGAAGAAGCUGCUGGAAGAUCAGAACUCAUUCCCCAAUUUUGAACCUUUAGCCUAUUGGCAAAUGCAAUUCAACAACGUUGCUGCAGUCACUGUGUUUUUUGUCUGGAUUAAGGUAACUCUAAGACACACAUCUUCAUGCUACCAUCAGAAUCUUUUCAAAUUUGUUAACUUCAACAGAACAAUGAGUCAGUUAUCCACUACCAUGUCUCGCUGUGUCAAAGAUGUCAUCGGCUUUGCUAUUAUGUUUUUUAUUAUUUUCUUAGCAUAUGCUCAGUUGGCCUAUCUUGUCUUUGGCACUCAAAUAGAUGACUUCAGCACUUUCCAGGACUGCAUAUUUACUCAGUUCCGCAUCAUUUUGGGAGACUUCAACUUCACAGAGGUUGAAGAAGCUAAUCGAAUUUUGGGACCAAUUUAUUUCACUACAUUUGUGUUCUUUAUGUUCUUCAUUCUUUUGAACAUGUUUUUGGCCAUUAUCAAUGAUACCUACUCCGAAGUCAAGUCAGAUAUGGCACAACAGAAGGCAGAAAUGGAACUGUCUGACCUUAUCAGAAAGGGCUACAAUAAAGCCAUGAUCAAACUUAAACUGAAGAAAACUACUGUUGAUGACAUUUCAGAAAGUCUGAGACAAGGUGGGGGAAAACUAAAUUUUGAUGAACUCCGGCAAGAUCUAAAAGGAAAGGGACACACAGAUGCAGAGAUUGAAGCAAUAUUUACCAAAUAUGACCAGGAUGGGGACCAGGAAUUGACAGAGCAUGAACAUCAGCAGAUGAGAGAUGACCUGGAGAAAGAGAGGGAGGAUCUGGACCUGGAUAGGAGCUCUCUGCCACGUCCUCUGAGCAGCCGCAGCUUCCCCCGGAGCUUGGAUGACUCUGAGGAGGAUGAGGAUGAAGACAGUGGACACAGCUCCAGGAGGAGGGGCAGCAGCUCUAGUGGGGUUUCCUAUGAAGAGUUCCAAGUGCUCAUGAGGAGGGUUGAUCGCAUGGAGCAUUCUAUUGGCAGUAUUGUCUCCAAGAUUGAUGCUGUUAUUGUGAAGCUUGAAGCAAUGGAGAGAGCCAAACUAAAAAGGAGAGAUGUGUUGGGAAGAUUGUUAGAUGGAGUGACAGAGGAUGAAAGACUGGGUCGUGACAAUGACAUCCACAGGGAACAAAUGGAGCGACUUGUGCGAGAGGAGUUGGAACGAUGGGAAUCGGAUGAUACGGCAUCCCAAAUGAGCCAUCGGUUGGGAACACCACUUGGUCUGAACGGCCAGCCUCGUUCCAGGAACUCUCGGCCAUCUUCCUCCCAGUCAGAUGGUAUUGAUGGGGGAGGAGGAAAUGGGGGGAAUAACAUCCAUGUGUAGGAUUAACUUUGUAGGUGAUUUUAAAUGUUUCAGGUCAGUAUUAAGCCAGCAAAUAUACUACUCCACUGUUUCGGAGCACAAGAUGAUCAUCCUGAUCAGACCACUAUCACAAUUUUCACUGGUGGGCAAAACUAAAUAUUCUCUUCCUAAGGCAUUUUCAGACCUAUGUAAGCUACAUGUCAUGUUCAAGUUACCAACAGUGAGACUGUCAGCCUUGGAAACAAAAAUGUGGGAGGCAGAAUGGAAACCAGAUGUGUCACAAUCUACCUGGACAGAAUUCUGGUUCCAUAUAUGUAUUAUGGGGAACACUUUCAUGAGGGCAGCAAGCUUCAGACAAAAUAAUGUGCUGUGGCUAAAAUGAAAGGCUGUGAGUUUUCUGCUUUCUAUUGGAAAAUAUGGUUUUUAUAUGCUUUUAAAAGCAGUUUUUAAAAGAAGAUGGCAUCAGUUUAUUGUCUCAUUCAUUAUAACUGACGCUUUUCAAAGAGGUAAAACAGCACCCUUUUUAUUUUGAGUUUCUACCUAUUUUUCUGAGUCAUUCUUGGUGUACUAACAUUUUAAUUAACUUAAAAUGUUUAAUUUUUACUGUUUUUGAGAAAUACUGUAUUUCUUUGAAGAAAGUGCACUUAUUUUGUAUAACUGUAAAUCACAUUAUUCCAUAAUAGAAACUGUACACAUUACACAUUUUUGCAUUCCAGAAGUAAUAUUUGAGAACUGCCUCUUCACGCUCAACUAACAUAAUAAUUUUUAGCUUUGUUGCAAAGUGCCCACUCUUUAAUACUUUAUUUUCAUAAUCUAAGUGUUCCUGGGCUAAACAUUCCACAGAUGCCUAGGUAAAUAUGGUUACUUUGCAGAAAAUGUAUUAUUGAAAAACACUAACUCUCUCUUGGGUGUGACAGGGAAGGGGACAGAGAAGGUGCUGACAGUUGGGAAAAUCUGACCUCGUGCUCUGUCACAUUCUGAUCACAUCUCUACUAUGUAGUCUGUAUUCACAUUUAACAGAACUCCGUGUAAAAAUUGUUAGGUACAUUUCUACAUAUGCUUUUCUGCUGAGGUGCAACACAUGAUUCCUUUGGAAAGGUGUCUGUAGUAUAAUCACUGAUUUUUAGUAUUUCAUUUCCUCUGCUUUCUGUGUCAUAGAAGCUUUGUUUUUGAAGGGAGAUGCAACACUGAAAUUACGUUGGUUUCCUACUGAAAGCAUUGAGGCAUAGUGUUUGUAGUUUUGCUUAGCAACAGAUUUCCAUAUGUGCAAUGCUGGUUUAGGAGGGGGGUUGUCAAUUCCAUGUCUUUCCUGAAGAUGGCGGUUGUCUUGUAUUUAAAGAUUUAGAGUUGGCAUAAAGGAAAAUGGAAAGCUACAUAAUGAAACACAUCUUAGCUAUUAGUAGGGUAUAUAGAGGAAAAAAAUCCUAUUUAACAAAGUGUAAGUAGCAUGCUAGUAGCAUAUGUAAGUAGCAUAUGCUAUGUUUGUGCUUUUUAUUUCAAAAAGCAAUUGUUGCCAGGGGUUAGCAUCUCAUUCUUGUAGUAGUACUGCUUAGGCAAAGCAUGCAUUUUGUGUAUGUUCUUAAAACUGCAUUGCCUGGAUGUACAAUGACUCAGAAUGCCUUCCCUCUAACCAGAGAACUUGCUAAAACUAAAUAGACUUCAUGCCUUUCCCUAUUUUUAAGUUUGUGAGAAACCAUAUGCACAGAAACUUAAUAUCAGGUGGAGAAGGAAGAAGUUCAGCGUGGAGGUCAGAAUUUCUUGGUAGGUUUGGCUAGAGAACAGAAAGACAUAGGAAAACAAGUUGUGAUUCUUGUGAAGUAUUUUUUCUUUCUGUGGGUUAUUUUGUCUUGUACUAGGAAGAAAUUCAUACUCUCUCACAAGAGACCCUGUCAGCUUCCUAAAACAGCACACAGCACAGAGGUUAGGGCAUUUGUGUGAAAUGAGAGACGCUCAGACUAAGCUGUCUUGUCUUGAUGGAAAGUGUUUGGACCUUAGAACCUGAAGAAAACUUCUCUGUGUUGAACUGGCAUUUCUGGCCUUAAACAAACAAACAAAAAAACCAAAAACCACUAGCUGUUCACAUGGCCAACUUGUAUGCAAGGAAAAUAGAAAAUACAAUACAAAGCAAUUUAAAUACACAUAGCCUUGUCUUUAUAUUUAUAUCUAAAAUGUGUAGCGUGUUGGUAUGUGGCAUGAUUUACAGCUUAAACUUUGAGGCAUGCUAACUAAUUACAUGUGUGUAACAUGUAAUUGAUAUUGGGUUUCUAGGGCCAAGGGUUACCUAAAUGCUAAGAUAGCAUUUAAAUAAUCAUGUACUUAGAAUCAAUUACUUUGGCCAAAUGAUCAACUUGAGUUGUCCAGCAAUCAGCUGGAACCUUGCUAAGAAUACCUUGUAUUAAGGUUUGUGCCGGUGGCCUCUAAAGCACAUGGCAUGCUGAGGUUUGUGGCAGCAGGGACUGGGGAGUGCGCAGAAGCGAUCUAGUGGUCGUCUGCUGGUGAGGCAGGGCCUUCCUGGGGCGAAAGCAAGCAAAACUAAACCUAUCAGGGUGGUUUUAAAUAGGUGUCCUGUAAAAAUGUGUCUUUCAAAGUGUAAGUUCAAGCCUGCAGUUCAUCUUUCAUUUGUAGAAUAUGUUUAUUAUGAAAAGGAAAAUGUUUGCAUUCAUAGCUGUAUUUGUUGAGGUAUAUAUCUGUAACGUGUCGUUACUUAAUAACAAACUUCAUCUUGAAGUGCAGUAAGUUUUCAUGGGGUACCUGUGUGUGUUGACAGUGGGCCUUCCAGUAGGAGCAUGGCCACUCGACGAAUGUUAUAAACAUUUUAUUAUUUCAUUUUUCAACUUUAGAUUAUAAUAUCAUUUCUCACUUAUUAUAAAGGUAAGGGUUUUGCAUAGUAAUGUACAAUUUUUGGUCUUAUUGGGAAGCUGUUAAUUAUGCAAGUCUUCUACAAUGAUCAAGAACAUAUUGAUCUGUAAAACUGCGCACUUUACUUCCUAAUAAACAUUUUAUAUAAUCUACAGAGGAAA